ACUGCAGCGGUGUUGUGCUGGUUUUCGUUGGAGUGAGAAAGAAAUGCAAUGCAUCAAACGUCCCUUAGGAUACCAGGGGAUAGACUGUUCUUCUUACUGUCGAUAUCCAAACUAUGGAGAUGGUUGUCAGCAAUUAUGCGUCUGUGAUGAAAUGUUUUGUAACGCAGAGACGGGUUGUAACUUUCCUACCUCCGAUGUCUUCAACGGAACACAGAACAACCCAGGAAAUGAAAUGAAAAAUGUUUUCUUUUCUGCUUGUCUUGCAGUUGCGUUAUGUGCUCUCGUAAUAGUUUUGCUACAUGUUGGAUUUAAGAUUUCUAAAAGAGUAAAAUUACGGGUUAUUGAACGGGGGGCAACCAAAACUGAAAAAGAAACAGAAAUUCAUCACAAUUUAGAAGAAGUAAAUCAAAUACAUGUAGACUAUCUAUCAUUGAGAGAAUUGUCUGCUCGCAUUGCUAAUCACUCAAUUGCAGACUCGUUCACAACUGAUGGGUCGGAUUUUAGCUACAUUGAUGUGAAUAAUAAAAAGGAUAAAGUUUAUCAGAAUUAUUUCUCUGGUUAUCCAUGUCAACGUGAAAACACAAAUCACAACAGGAGCGUGUCAAGCAGGGGCGAUGGUUUGCCCCUCUCUCCUGGGACCAGUUUGCAGAAGAGUAAUUCACAGUUCUCAAAAACUGAAGCAAAAACUCUUAAGGUCCUAUAUGAAAACGAAAUGGAGGAUCCGUAUUUUUUGCUUUUACCUUUAGAUCGUUGA